CAGCUCCUCGCUUUUCAAGAGCAGGAAAGAAGCCCCCCCGGCGAAGACGGAGGCGACUUCCCCAACCCCCCCACGCCCCCCAUGAAAAUAUCCCACCCCAACUUCUUCUCUUCCUCAUUCUAAGAGCGAAAAAGGAUUGCUUUUUUGUUCUUGUCCGGUGUCUUCCAAUUAGGGUUUCUGAUUUGAUGAUCGGGUUAGUGUUUGGAAGAUGUGUGUGAGCUCCAUGCGAAAGUCGUUCAAGGACUCUCUCAAGGUCCUUGAAGCUGAUAUCCAGCACGCCAACACUCUUCUUGAAUGGACUGUCAUGACUUGCAGGGCGUCGGAUUUUCCUAGGGAGUAUGAUGGGGCCUGCCUUCAGAUGAGAAUGUCAUACAGUCCAGCUGCUCAUUUCUUCCUCUUUCUCGUGCAAUGGACCGAUUGCCAUCUCGCUGGUGCCCUCGGCUUGUUAAGAAUACUGAUCUACAAGGUGUAUGUUGAUGGGACCACUACCAUGUCCGUACAUGAGAGAAAAGCAAGUAUUAGGGAAUUCUAUGCGGUAAUAUAUCCGUCUCUGCUCCAACUUGAAAGAGGGGUUACCGAAACGGAAGAUAGAAGGCAGAAGGCGGUAUGCAAUGAGAGGUACAGGAGGAGAGAUGAGAUGGAGGAAUACAAACGGUACAGCUCCUCUGAUGUGGAGAGUGAAAGGGAAGACGAGUGUGGGAUUUGCAUGGAGUUGAAUAGCAAGAUUGUGCUCCCCGAUUGCAACCAUGCCAUGUGUUUAAAAUGUUAUCGGCAGUGGCGCACAAGAUCGCAAUCGUGCCCUUUUUGCAGAGACAGUCUGAAGAGGGUGAGCUCGGGCGAUCUCUGGGUCUACACUGACAGCAGGGAUAUAGUAGACGUAGCCACGGUGACACGUGAGAAUCUCCGAAGGCUCUUCUGGUACAUAGACAAGCUGCCUCUGAUCAUCCCGGAUUCCAUAUUCGACUCUUACGACUCUCACGUGAGGUGAUCAGCAGCAGAAGUCUCAGUUUCUGAAGGAGUUCUUCAUUGUUUCGAUUCCAUCUACGUGGUUCUAUGUUGUUCAGUUGUUUCCCCUCCUGUGAAGAAGCCUGCUCGAUUUAUUAUGGGCCGGUUUUUACUUAUUAUAGUGGUGCCUACCAAAGUGAAAUUGUAUCUAGCAACAUUUGUAAAUAUUCAUCUGUAUAGGUUCCAAACGUUUGCCACUGAAGUUCUUAACUCUUCAAAAUCUCGGUCUUUUCUCUGCUUCU